GCAUGCAAACACAGUAUGGAGUGCCAUGGAAGCAGCCCUCUGCUGUAAGGGGGGCACAGAGCAGACUAACCUUCGCUCUCUCCUACCUCCGUCCGGCCUCUCGUGGCUCAGUGGAAAUGCUGGCAAAUGCACCAGAAAUAAGUUGCAAAGUUUGUGACCUCGUGUUUGUAAGUUUAUUUUGAAGCAGACUUUGUAUUGAGGUAAUUUUAUUUGUGAGUAACUCUGAGUGAGACCUCCCUCCUUCGUAGGGCUAGUUUUGGGACAGGGGCCCCUGCUGGUUUAAGUGUUUGCUACUCUGUCUUCACUUCCAGGUCUGUGAGCCGCUUGUGUAGUCUAUCUGUAAAACUCUCCUUCAGGCUUAAACUCUGCUUCCAUAUUUGAACCUUUAAACAAGACGGAAAUCUAACAAUAUAAAGAGCUAUUCCUUGCUAAAUACAGGGAAGGUGUCUGGAAUUGCUAGCCACGUAUUCUUAGUGCUGUCUGCACACUACAGUCAUUUUAUAGGGACGCAAGAUUAUCAUUUGGCCCCUCUUUAAGUAAUAUCUGUCUCUAUGGCAUUACUUUUUCUUUAGGAAUUCAUUGAGUAUUGAUAUGCAUAGAUCCUUUACAUACUUGGGAUGACUGGGAUUUAUCUAUUUAAUUCUUUGCCCCACAUGGCGGCAUCUCUCGUUGCAUUGAAAGUCUCAUCACCCAGAGAUGAUGCUGGCAUUCUACAAUAUUAAAAUAGCUUAUUACAGUCAAGGGAGUAACGUACACUACUGAUGAUUACUAGAGACAUAUUCUCCUUUUAUAUCUGCCUUUUAGACUGUCAAUUCUCAAACCUUUAUCAAACGCUGAUAAUGGAUAUAUCUGCCUGCCUGUGCAUCAUGAGCAUUGUAGUCUGUAGCACAUGGAAUGAAGGACGGAGUACGAUGUGAAAGCUCUGGGUUUGCAUUUGGCCUACAUUACUGGCACCACUGGUUUCCUGAGUAAGAGUAGGUACUGCUAAGGAAUGCAACUCCCGUUAAUCUGUCCGCACAGGAUGCCAGUGUCCUAUUGCUGAUCUUCCUGUUAAGCCUUUACCUCUACAUCUGCCCAACACACUAUACAUUCACCCCUACAUUAUCCAGAAUUAGCUGUCAAUCAAUGUGGGGAGUUCACCAUCAAUGCACUAUGGAAAUGUAAAGACUGAAUUGCUAAAGACAAAAAGGGAAUUGGGGGCACACCUGGAACAUGCAGGAAUGGUGCUGCUGUUUAUGCUUAACACAGAUUAAAGAACUGCGCACACGCAAAAAUAGUUUUACAUUUUAUAAGGCUUCUUAAAAGGCUGCCCUCUCUGAGCGCCACGAGGCGCCUGAGCUCAUUUAUCAUGAGUUUCGGGAGCAGUAAGAUGUGGAAAGUGUUGCAGUUUUGCCAUUAAAGGAACACUAAAGAAACCGAACAGAAUGGAGUUAAAAGGUAGCUUACUUUGUGUUCAUUGCUGCAUUGGCCUUGUUGCAGAUGCUCCCACCAAUAUCAAUGAUUGGAAAUUAUCCCCAUAGAAAAACAUUGGGAGCAUGUACAGCAAAACCUCGCUCUGCGCUAAUCUGCAUCUUCCUUUUUCUAUGGGAAGCAUUCAGCGUCUCGGUGCAGAGCUGUAGUGGUUCUGGUGGCUAUAGUGUUCCCCUAAUCUUUCCGUUACUUCUUGCAUCAUAAAAGUGUUCGGUUUCACUUUUCUCCUCCGUUCUAAGUUUGGAGGCCUUUUCUGAAAUCAAUAUUUCUGUGAAAAUCGUCAGGAAAAAUAAAACCAUUUAGACCCAUCCCCCCCAAUUUGCGUGAUAUAAACGUCCUCUAUUCCUUUAACAAUCUCCCUCAUAUAUCGGGAAGCAUUAUUAUUAUCUCACACUAGUUAAAAACCAUUGAAACUAUUCAGUAAGCUUAUAAAUGAUAUACUGGAGGCCCUGUCCUCACUGUCGAACCGCUUAUCCUUCAACAUCCGCUGGACAGGGUGAAACAGAUCUUCAUUGUAUCGAGGGUUCACUAAUGAUCUGCUGACACAAUGUACAUUAGAAGCCUCACAUGACCUCCGCGUUCUAAAGGGAUUUCGGUGUUCCUAUUUUAAAGGAUUGGAAACUGCAAAUGUGUUCUACUGACCUUUCAUCCAUUCUGCUGUACCAUGUGGGGAGCAGAUACUUCAAUAAUUCAGGCUUGAAUACCGUUGCAUGGACAGAUCACUUUGUCGGGACCAACUGUAACCAGCUGAUUAACUUUUAUUCAUGACGUCUCUGAGUGCAGUGAAAAUACACGGCUUGAAGGGAUGUCACCGCAGCCUGCAAGCGAUGUCCAGUGGUUAUCCUGCAUAUAUUCUGACAUCACAUAUCCAGUAUCGAUCCAGCAGCAGCAAGACUCGGUGCACCCUGGCAUCAUAGCGUUGGACCCCCAGUUCACCUGCUCUCCAGCGUUCGUGUAUUAUCACUCUGGAAAUUAAAUACAGGAGAUGAAUAUGGGCAUUUGACAACUUGUCCUGGCUAUGAGCUUGCCAAUGACUGUUAAAAUCUGUUUUUAUUUUUUUAAAUUACUCAGAUUUAGAAAUUAUGAGCUAGUCACUUUUUUUUAUUUUUUUAUUCUUGUUUAUCAUUGUCAAUUCCUCAGUGAUAAAAUAAGUGAUUCAAAUAUUUAUGAUGCUGAAAGGAAUUGACCAAAAGGGUAGGAAAGUUAAAAUGACUGUUUUUUAUUUGCUGAGAUCUUUGUUCUUUUUUUCACUCCCUACUUCCCUUCCCCCCCCCGCCCCCCCUUUUUCCCCCUCUUCCUCUGUUUUCUUUCCCUUUCCAUUAUCCAAAACUUAAUUUAAAUCUAAUAAAAUGAUAAAGUGUAAUUCUAUUAAGUAUAUCUAUUACAAAUAAGUUGACGUGGAAAAUCACUCUAUUCAUACCUGUCCUGGCGUGAGAGUGGAGGCGUUGGUUGGAAGGAGUCUCAGGAUAGUCUGUAACCAGAGCCUCCAUAUGUCAUUAUAUAACCCCAAGUUCUCAAGACUAACAUUAUACAGCUUCUCCAUGGAUCUGAUCGUUAAUCUGUGAGGCUAUUUCAGUCCACUUAGGGAUCACCUCAGAUCUCUAUUUUUCUCGCCAAACAGACUUUGGUGGCCAAUAAAAUCUGUUUUUAGUAAUCCAUUUUCACCCUCUUACAAUACAUCUCAGGAUUGACCUGUGAUGUUUAGUACGGUGCCACCUGUAUACAUGGGCAAAGCAUACUCAUUGCAGGGUGUAACCAGUGUGACAAGAAAAUGUUAAACAUUUAAGGGGGGGAGGGGGGGUGACAAUGGCUUAUAUCAGCAUGCUUGAUGUCAUAUUCACAGAAAUAUGGCCAUUUAAACUUCUGUCAAGGAGCUUCUGUGCUUGCAUCAUGGAUGGUAUACCUCAAUCUGCUCUCUGAUCACACGUGCUGUUAAACUGCUUUUGAAUGGUUUUCAUGCACUGUAUUUAGGGCAGGCGUAAUGUAUAAGAAAUAAUUCAGUGGGCACAUGUUCUGUACAGCUAUGGGGUAGUUUCCCUUUUAAAAGUUGCCAAACUUUGUGCAUGCGUGUUAAAGCAGAUCUUGACAUUCCCAGAACGAUCACCUCCUCUUAAUCAGAUCCUGCAGGUUUUAAAGUAAGGGCAGUUUGGGUGGCCCUGGGAAGCAAAGUUAAUUAUAAGGGCAUUUCAAGCACCUAUCCCCGAGCUGUAAUAUGCUGGACAGAGACCUGGUUUUACCAAGCUGUGGGGAGGGAAAACUAUUAACAGGUUAACUGAUAUUCUUGCCUAAAGAAGUGAGCUUUUAAUGAUCUUUUGAAGGAACUAAGACUGGGUGAGAGUCUAAUGGAGAAGGGAAUGUAGUAUAAUUGAACAGAGAAUAUAUGCAAAUCUUUGGCAGAAUCAAGCCCUAAAUUUUACAGGAAACUAGUGUAAGGACUGACCCAGUAUACCUAACUGUAACCUAACCUACACAGUGCACCUAUCGUGUGUGGGAGCCUGGAGUGUCCCUUUAAUAAUAUAAACCCACCCAGUAUAACUAACUGUAACCUAUCCUACACAGUGCAUCUAACGUGUGAGGGAGCCUGGAGUGUUCCUUUAAUAAUAUAAACCCACCCAGUAUAACUAACUGUAACCUAACCUACACAGUGCAUCUAAUGUGUGUGUGGGAUCCUGGAGUGCCCUGUAAUAAUAUAAACCCACCCAGUAUAACUAACUGUAACCUAACCUACACCGUGCACCCAACUUACUGACCUUCUGCUCACUGUUACUGUACAUAGCAGUCUCUCUCCUGCUUUAAUAGGGACACCGUGUCACACACACACCAUAGUUUGCUCUAUAUAUUUGUAUAAUUUGUUCAUGAUAUACAUGCACCCUGUAACCCGAAUUGUAUCUUUAACCCUUGUAGGAUAUAUGGUGACUGAAUAGCGGGAGAAUCCCCAGAAAUGGCACUGCACAGCAGCACAACGGAUGCGCUCCUCUCUUGGGUAAGUGACAUUGUUCGCCACCUCACAGAUACCAGGCAACAAUCAAAUAAGCCGGGUGUCUGCAAUCAGAGCACUGUGGAAGCUGGGAAAAUCGUAUAACAUCCCACUGAGACUGAUCUGUGCAGCACAGCAUGGAAGGAUAUAUCCGUGUACAGUGCUAUGGAAUUUGCUGGCGCUAUAUAAAUAAUCUAAUAAUCAUCACACUUGGAACAGUAAUGUAAAGUGUUUACAAAUAUCGCUUAGCUUAAGAAAAACCUUGGGGUUUUUAAGAUGGGUGAGAAUUCUUUCCAUGUCUCUCUCUAUAAAAGCAUCAGGUGACCAAAUUGUCUGUAAAUUAGACUUGUGUAUGAUACGUCCUGCCCGGAGCUCAAUUGUGUUUACAAAUCAUUCUAAUCUUUUGUACGACACUGGACUACUUGGUUUAUAGAGCGAGGGGGCUUGCCUGCAUGAGUUUGAGUUUGUCAAUUUGAAGCAAUAUGACCCUAAUUAUUGAGCUGUGUGCUUGUUAGUGCUCCGUAGCUGGUGUCUGAUGGGUAAAAAGAUCUAGCUGGUGUGUUGUGGAUGUGGGGAGUGGUGUGUGUGUGUGUGAUUGAUAAACAGAUCUAGCUGGUGUGUGGUGGAUGUGGGGGGGGGGGGGGUGUGAUUGGUAAACAGAUCUAGCUGGUGUGUGGUGGAUGUGGGGAGUGGUGUGUGUGUGUGUGUGUGUGUGUGUUCGGUAAACAGAUCUAGCUGCUGUGUGGUGGAUGUGGGGAGUGGUGUGUGUGUGUGUGUGUGUGUGUGUUCGGUAAACAGAUCUAGCUGGUGUGUGGUGGAUGUGGGGAGUGGUGUGUGUGUGAUCGGUAAACAGAUGUUGGUGUGUGUUCGGUAAACAGAUCUAGCUGGUGUGUGAUAGAUAUUUUCUUUUACCUAUGGUUUGCAGUUUCCAAAGCCGCUCUGUUUUAAUUUCUGUUUAGAUGUCAGUCUGAUUAACAAACACUUUUUAUUUAGUAAUGCCAAUCUUGUGUCUCUCUAGGUGAACAGCCUCAAGGUCGACGAACCCAUUGAACGAUUAUCUCAGCUACAAGAUUUGAGCAUUUUGAUUAAAAUUGCCACCAAACUGUGAGUAAUUAACCCGGUGAUACUGCAACAAGGGAGUGAUCAUGGAGGUGGUAUAAUACAGAUUGAUGGGAUACUAUGGAUACACCAUGUGAGAAAGGAGGGGUAGCAUAGCAUGGACGUAUAUAUAAUUCAGUGUUAUUCAGAGUAGAUGGAAGUGGGAAGCAUGGGUGCUAGGUGUUGUGGUAUAACUUGGCCCAGAGAGGUUUCCAUGAGAUGGAGAAGGACCUCCUGGGCAUCCUGUGAGCUAGUAGUGGAGCCCUGCUGGGAGGUACAUAUUGUAGAAAGGAGGGUGAGAGAAUUUAGAACCUCUGGUUGCCUUGGUUGUGGACAGCAAGGAUCGCAGUGUACUGGGAUAUAAAUGAAAUGACUGCUAACCCAUUCUCUGUUUUCAGUUUUACCUGUUUUGUAAUGUUUGACCAUGAGUGAAAACCUUUGAAGUUUACUUUGUGUUUCUCCCCUUCCCGAGUCAGCAUGCUCCUUUUUAUUAUUCUGCAAAUAUAGUGCAGGGUUUCGGUCACUAUACCAAUUUGAAAAGUUUUACCUGUCACCAAACUCUAGACUGAUAGCCCUUGUUGCUAUAACUAACCGUUUCAAUGUCAAGAUCUUGUUAAUGUAACUAUAAUCCCCCUCCCCCAUAUCUGUACGUUACCUGGAAUCCUAUGAGACAGGAGUAAAUCCGAUGCUGGCACAGUUUAGAAUGCAGGCCCCUCUUGGAGACAUUGUUUCAGAUGGAGUUUAAAGGUCUCUGUAGAGAAGUAGUUUAGCGAGUUUAGCUCUGCAUGUAAACAUCCUUGAAGUUUUCAGCUCACGGAUGCUGCUGCUUAGUGUCCAAUCAGUUAGUGUUUCUGUUAGAUGGGCUUGCUGGUCUCUAUUUCCCAGAUGGUGUCAGAAUCCUUGCUGCUGUUCCAGUGAGUGACUGGCAUGGAAGUGCUUGGUAUAUUAUUUAUCACUGCUGAUCUCUUUAAAGGGAUACUGUGUGCACGCUAACCACUUCAUCUCAUUGAAUUACUUAUGCCUUGGGGUCCCCUUUCAGUGUUAAACUGUUUGAAAAUGGUUUAUCACUGAGUGUGGGUCACUCUGACACUCUGCUUGGCUUAACCCCUUAAGGACCAAACUUCUGGAAUAAAAGGGAAUCAUGACAUGUCACACAUGUCAUGGGUCCUUAAGGGGUUAAACAAAUUAUAUAAAAGUGAUAAGUGCUCUCUAUCCAAUAAAGCAGCUAUUCACCAACAAGGAGUUCCUUUUACCUUGUGAACAAUAGAACAAAACAAGCUAGUAAAUUAGGUGGACAGCGCUUAGAAUUAUUAUAAUAAAAUCAUACAUACACAGGUAGCAGCAGGUUUCGCAAUUACCAAAAGGAAAUAAAAGUGCAGUAUGGUAUGAAUAAUAUGGUGAUAAAGAUAUAUUCCAAUGGGCACUCACGUUUUCCAGAGCUUAAAAAGCUCUUUUAGGAGCCUGGACGGAACAAUCCCCGUCUAAGGAUUUUUUUGCUGGUAUCAGAUUCCCAAUGUAGUGCGGUUCAUCAUAUAGAAAAAAAAAAGGAUGUAUACCAAUGGUACAGUAUGUAUGUAAAAGUAGGAAAAGUAAAUAAUAUAUGACCUACUUACAUUUGCUAGAGCAAAUCCACCUAGGGAUAUAUGUAGAUCCGGAACAGCAGAGUGAUGGUGAGAGUAUAAGGAGCUCAAGAGUUACUGGGUGUUAAAACAGAAUCUUCAUUAAAACACAGAAUGAAUAAAACUAUUUAAAAGUGAACUAUAUAGUAAAAAGAACUGUAAAUAAGUGGAGGUUAAGGAUUGCCUACAAGGACUGGUUUUAUUUAUAGUUCUUUUUUUCUCACCAUCACUCUGCUGUUCCGGAUCUACAUAUAUCCCUAGGUGUGGAUUGUUCCACCUAUAGCUCCAUACACUAGAGCAGGUCAUUGCUCUAGCAAAUGUAAGUAGGUCAAAUAUUAUUUACUUUUCCUACUUUUACAUACGUACUGUACCAUUGGUAUACAUCCUUAUUUUUUUCGUAUGAUGAACCGCACUACCUUGGGAAUCUGAUACCAGCAAAAAGAAAUCCUUAGACGGGGAUUGUUCCGUCCAGGCUCCUAAAAUAGAGCUUUUUUUAAGCUCUGGAAAACGUGAGUGCCCCUUUGGAAUAGAUCUUUAUCACCAUAUUAUUCAUAACAUACUGCACUUUUUUCCCUUUUUUUAAGAGUAAGAUACAUAAUUGCGAAAUCUGCUGCUACCUGUGUAUGUAUGAUUUUAUUAUAAUAAUUCUUAGCGCUGUCCACCUAAUUUACUAGAGAUUAUAUAUUGUCUUCUGAGCAUAUCAAUUCAUACCUACAGUGGCACUGUGAUGGGUUGACACUCUCAGCCAAUCACAGCUGCCCAUUGCUGCUUCGGAUAACGCUUACUGCUUGCCCCAGCAGCACAGUGGGAUGAGCCGGAAACUCACGUUUAGCAUUUAAAACAUUACAAAUGCUCUGUCACUGAAUGGAGAAUGUAUAGAACACCUUCUAGCAAACUAGCCCCUCACUUACCUUUUCAUAAUUUGCAGCAUAGGAAUAAAGCCCCCCCAUAUUUACUUAACCUAAGCAUCUUCAGUCGUCCAUGUGCGCUGCUGAAAAACCCUUUUUGACUUUUCGUUUUGGGCCAGAGUGCUGCCAAUUUCCAUGUGUGCCCCAAUUUCCAGAUGUGGUUUUAGUUCCCUACUAUAAGUACAUUUUCAUUAUAUAGCGGUGCCCUUUCCUUCCUGUGUGUGUCUGUGGGCAGAUCCCGAACCUUACUGUACUUGGAGUACAUGGUCGUAUAAUUUUUUUUUUUUUUUUUUUACCCCAACAAUCCUCAUCUUUUAAUAUACUCUUAUAUUCUGUAAGGCUUCCCUUCCCUUAAUAUGAUGAAAUUGCCAUUAAUUAUAGGGAAUAACACUGUGUGUCUUUUCUGUAGCAGACCGCUAGAUUUACCAGGGAAAUACAGAAACCUUAGAAAGAGGUAAAAAUCCUCAACUUCAUCUACAUUCUGAAUGGUAUUUUUUAAGAUUUAAGACAUGUGACUUGUUUAUAAUAAUUAAGACUUCAGGUUGUCUGUACAUCAGAGGUAAGUUUAUCACAUGAUCUGACCUCUGAUCUACAGUCAGGGUGAAAUUGCUGUGAUCAGCCUUCAUGCAGUAUGGCACUUUGCCAGCGCAAACCCUCAGUAAUUGGCAGUCAGAUUAUCAUAUACUACCUGUGCGCAGACCAUGUAACACACAAAUGGAUCCUUGUUACUAAAUAUAUUUAUUGAUCUAUACAGAAACACAUUGGUUUGUGUGUUCGUGGAUGUUCUACCUCUGGCUAAGUCCAGCUCUGCAAUCUCUAUAGAGCAGUUACUUUAAUAAAGCCAAGGUUGGUGUACUGUAGAUGAACUGGAACCAUGUGUAAGGUGUCCCUUCAAAGACUAUUGGUAUACAUGCAUUCUUAAUGCAGGUUUUUUAUGUACUAGUCGGGAUAGAACCCCAGCACAAGGAAGAGUACUGGUAAUAAAAACCUGCCUGUUUAUUAAAAUAAUCCUUGAUUCUAGCUUUUACAGUUUGUUUUCAGAGCAACUUACUGUGUUUGCAGCGGUCUGUUGGGUUACAUUUUCAUUCUCUACCUGCCACAGCCUGGCAAGAGACUUGGGCUACAAUUUAACUUCCCUACUGUAAAUGGUGUAAUGGAGAUCCCUUACCCUAUGUGUAUUUGUAAGGUUUGCGGGCACGGGGUUUGUGGGUGCGGGGUAACUGUGCUAGAGGGUUUGUAACCUGUUAUUACAUUGAUUCUCAAAGCUGAAUGAUCAGUCUUGUUCUGUCUUCUAGUAAUGGGAACACAAAUGAAUUAACACAGAUCCUUCAACAAUCCCUGGAAGACAGACUGAAAUACCUCCGCAGCUUUUUACAAAGUAAGAUCUUUCAGGGGAGCACACAGGACACAUCCAAAAUUGCAGACUUUAUUGGAGUGGAAUGUCCGUUUCAGACUUGGGGUGGAGGUGGGGUGUAGGCUUUAUUUAAAGUGCCUUCACAGGUAAAACAGAGAUUAUGUGUGUGUGAUCGGUAAACAGAUCUAGCUGGUGUGUGAUAGAUAUUUUCUUUUACCUUAUGGUUUGCAGUUUCCAAAGCCUGCCUUACCAGAAGUUGCAUUCGAAAGGCACACUAGUAAUGCAGGUUUACCCCACUAUUGUGAGGAUGUAAAAGGAAUGGACAGAGUGCUCCCCCAAAUUCACAGCAAGAACUGCACACACUAGACCCGAUCAAAACUGUAUUGCCUCAUGAACCAGGAAGACGACCAAUCCUCUUAACCAUUAUUUAGGUUAUUGGAGUGGAAUGUCACCAUUUAUGCCCUUAAUUGGAAAAGGAACCGCACUCAAUUCACUUAAGAUAGGAUGCGUAGCUGAACCAUGGGCCAGCACAAGCCCAGAAGAUAUUAAAUACCAGUAUUAGAAAAAUGGUCCAGGCACCUUUUUAUUAGAACAGGUGGGAAACUGCAACAUGGCGACUUCCAAUGUAGUCUUUGUCAGUGUUGCACAUGUUUUAAUAAAAGUGCCUGAAGAAAUUGGAGUGCCUGGACCCUUUUUCUAAUGCUUGUAUUAAUUUCUGCUCCUAACACAUCAUUCCUUACCCUACCAAAGACCGUUAUUUCACUUCCUGUAUGCAGUAUAUAGGAAAAACAAGAGUCAGCGCUAAUAAAUCCUAAGAGAAAAAGGCAGCAAUCCCAAACAAGGACUCACUCAGAUGCCCUUGAAGAUCAUAGAGAUGACAAACGACAAAAGAUGGGGCUGCGCCACAAUAUAGGAAAGUAAAGUCCUAGCUCGGAUAAGUCCCUGUAAGGACAAAGUCCAGAAGUGUGGAACUGAAGUCCAGUGGAGGUCUCCAAAGCCAGGGAGUUGUGAUUCUUGCACUUUUUAUUUAUUGUGUUGCAGUACGCUCCUCAAAGUGUCAAUAUAAAUAAAGUGAUAAAAUUCCUACUCCUAUUCAGUAGAGCUUAAGCCAGCUCUGGUUUGUAUAGCAUACAGCAGUAAGAUCCCUGCUUAUGGGAUAUGUGGUGAGGGUCCUCUUGUAUAUAGUAGUAUUAGAAGAAAAAAAUUGAAACAUUAAUGGUAUGUUCCACAGAGGAAAGAAUAAAAUAAAAUAAAAAUAAAAUAUGGUAGUAACACUCACAUUUAGUAGAGCUUAAGCCAGCUCUGGUGUGAUAAGCGUACAGCAGUACAAUCCCCACCUAUGGUAUAUAUGACGAGUGUUCUUAAAGAUGGUAGUGUUAGGAGCCCGGAAGGAAGACAAUAAAAACAGCAAUAGUGCUCUCAAUAAAAUAUUUAUAAUCUAUAAAAUAUACUCACAAAGGAUAGAGCAAGCUGACUGCUCUGACAACAGCAUAGGUGGUAUGAUCCCCACCUGGGAUUCUUUGGAGUAUGGAAAGAAAGUAGUUGGUUCCAGGUCGUUCUUAAAAUAUAAAUAGUUAAAAGAUGAUGGUACAAGUGUAGAAAGACCAAAAUCUAUUUAAUAAUAAUUUCAAGAAGCCGUAAAAUACAUCCAAAUGCGCUUCGCCAUAUAGGAUUUAAAUGUGAUUUUUUUUCACUGUAGAACAUACACCACCAUUAUUGUUUCCAUGUUUUUUUUUGUUUGUUUUUUUAAUCACCCCUUGCCUGGGUCCUUGAUACUACUAUAUACAAGAGGACACUCACCACAUAUCCCAUAAGCAGGGAUCAUACCGCUGUAUGCUAUACAAACCAGAGCUGGCUUAAGCUCAACUGAAUGUGAGUAGGAAUUUUAUCACUUUAUUUAUAUUGGCACUUUGAAGAACGUAAUGCACCAUUAUCUUUUCUCACCUCUUAUUUGCAAGAAUCACAACUCCCUGGCUUCAGAGACCUCCACUGGACUUCAGUGCCACACUUCUCGACUUUGUCCAAACAGGGACUUAUCCGAGCUAGGACUUUUUUACUUUCCUAUAUGGUAUGCAGUACAUGCCUGUAACCUGGGUAUAGUAUCCAUGUGUUGGUCACUGCAUGCUGUUGGAGUAGUACUUAUGUGGCAGUGUUGCUCUCAUUCCCUCUGCAGGAUACUGCCGGUAUGGCUCGUCUGCUGAGAAUCUGGUGCAGUGGCAGAAGAUUCUGCAAGGAGAGAAUUUGGAAGUGGAGCUGUCCAAGGUAUAGGCACGUUGAGUGGCCUCGUAAAUAAACAUUCUCUGUAUACGGUGUCACUCAUGCUACUCCUCAUACAAAAUUCACAAAACAAUGAUUUAUAAUCUCAGAUUCUAAUAGUUUUAUUUAAAAACACCUCACCUAGGGAAAAAAAUAAUGGGGUUUAGUUACAGUAUAUGGUCAUACAUUGCAUAGGCCAGCCACAAUUUCAAUGUACCCCAUAUUCGGGAGGUCCUAUCCUAGUAGCAGCUUAAUGCUUGCUCAUAUGAGAUUAACCCACUUACUUGGGAAAUACUUCCUUACUGGGACUCUCUGCAAGUCAAGGCUAAAUAGGGUCUUGUAAUGAGGCACCUGUGAGAGGGAGGGGUGCAAAACCAAGGAGUUGGCCUGGGACUCUCAAAUAUAUAAAAGAAACCAAGAGGGCUGCACUCACCUGAACAUGCAUACUGUAUAGGGUGCUGCUGGGGCCAAAAGAUACAGAAUACAGUGCGCUCGCUUAUUCACUAAACAAUGAUUUCUAAUCUCUCAGAUUAAUAAUAGGUUUAUUUAAAAACACCUCACCUAGGCAAAAAAUAUGGGUUUAGUAACAUUAUAUGAUCCAUAUAUUGCAUAAGCCUGCCACAACGUCAAUGUACCCCGUUCUUGGCAGGUCCUACUCAUGGUACUCCUCGGACAUCGAUCCGGGUAACGGUGUCACCCACCACACUCCUCCUUAAUGAUGUGGAUGUGAAAUAUUUUCAGUCUCCCCCCCACCCCCACCCCUUUUUUUUUUUGCGUUGUGUUGGUAAGUUUUAAUUGACGUUAAACACGUUUUUCUUUCCACUUGCUUGUUUUAUUGUUGCUUGCUAUCCCAAUGCCUCAUUAAAAUGGAAAAAAAGAUUAACAAAUAAGCCAAAGGGGGUCAGUAUGAAGGUAACAAAGUGAGGAGGGACGAUGACAUGAGGAAUAUGUAGUGAUUAUGGCCCUUGGCCCCUUUAUAUUUAGUGUGUAUUGUAUAUCAUGAAAAUGUGAUUUUUUUGUUUUUUGUCUUUUAUUUAUAGGUUAUUGUUCUCCUUUUCUAUUAUUCAAACAUGAAAACCAAGAAUCCCAAAGAAUGUGAGGAUUUUGAUCUCAAGACUCAGGUAAUCCAAUCUCCAUUGCUUGAUGGGCUUUUGCAAAGAGUUGUUUGGGCCAGGUUAGUGUUUGGUGAAUGUUGAGGGGGUCAUUACUCAGUGCCAUGUUAACCUUUGGGCUGUAGGAGGAGGUUGUUACCCAUUGCAGGACUAGUCGUUGGGCGGUUGUUGUUUAGGUGCCAGGUUAGUGUUAGGGCAUUGGGUGCUUUGGUGCCAGGUUAGUGUUAGGGCAUUGGGUGCUUUGGUGCCAGGUUAGUGUUAGGGCAGUGGGUGCUUCCGUGCCAGGUUAGUGUUAGGGCAGUGGGUGCUUUGGUGCCAGGUUAGUGUUAGGGCAGCGGGUGCUUCCGUGCCAGGUUAGUGUUAGGGCAGUGGGUGCUUCUGUGCCAGGUUAGUGUUAGGGCAGUGGGUGCUUCUGUGCCAGGUUAGUGUUAGGGCAGUGGGUGCUUCUGUGCCAGGUUAGUGUUCGGGCAGUGGGUGCUUCCGUGCCAGGUUAGUGUUAGGGCAGUGGGUGCUUCCGUGCCAGGUUAGUGUUAGGGCAGUGGGUGCUUCGUUGCCAGGUUGGUGUUAGGGCAGUGGGUGCUUCGUUGCCAGGUUGGUGUUAGGGCAGUGGGUGCUUCGGUGCCAGGUUGGUGUUAGGGCAGUGGGUGCUUCGGUGCCAGGUUGGUGUUAGGGCAGUGGGUGCUUCGGUGCCAGGUUGGUGUUUGGGCAGUGGGUGCUUCGGUGCCAGGUUGGUGUCUGGGCAGUGGGUGUUUUGGUGUCUGGGCAGGGGUGAUUCCAGUGCAGGAUACGUCUGAGGAAGGAAGAACCACGACCUCUGUGAAUAGUUUUAGAAGGCGGGUUUAGUACCACAUGACUGAAAAAUUUAUAAAGAUCUGUGAUUCCUGGCACUUGUGAGCUACAAUCUCUUUGUGCUCAGCCAACAUUAAAAAACAAACAAAAAAAAAAACACAAUUUUUUUUAUGGUAGUAACAUUAUUGGCCAUCCCUGACCUUUGUGAUCCUGGUUACUUUCCCGGCAGACUGAGCUUGCUUCCAUCCUGAGGUUCGUUCUGGAAAAUGAAGAUGAUCUAUCUCUAAAUGACAAGCUCUUGCACUUCCUGCAGAAGAAAGGUACGUUGGGGGUGGAGGUGGCACUACAUCGCUGAAUCCAAUAAUAUACUAGGACAGCCUUUUGACACUCCAGGUGUUGUUUACUAAAUCUUAAUGCUCUUGCAUCCAUAAUGUUGGCAAAUAUUCAGGGGCGAUGUAGUCCACAAAUUCUGGAGUGCCAAAGGGUGCCCUCCCUUGGGGGUAAGAGACCACACUGCAAAAUCAAUAAUUUCUGGGGUGGGCAGUAUGAAAGGACCGGCAAUAACUUCUUAUGUUCUAUUCGGUUUGGGCAGCACGGUUUCCGUCCUCCAGUGAUGGCGCCUCCAGCUCGGAUGAUUCAGUGUCUCCCAACGUGCUUAUAAAGAGGAAAACCGAGGUGCGCUUUCUCGAGUUGCAUCGUGUGGCAUCUUCCUCUGCCAUGAAAAGGUACAAUGGCCAAAAUCAGACCAUGUAUGUCUAGAGUCUAUGUGGUGGCUUACUUAACGUAUGUGAGUCACGUUCAGUUCUUUCUAACAUACUCCCUUGGUGGCCUUUGUUGAGGGCUUACUUCAUCUUGGGGGUUUUUUACUUUUUUUUUUUUUCUCUCCUGAAUUACUUGUUGGAGCUUUAAAAAGAACUGUAGUGACCAGAAAUAUAAUGCUGGCUCAAGGUGAGCUACAUGAGUCUAUUGGAAACCUGUAGAAUAGUCUUUUGUACCUGUGUCACUUUGUAUAUUUUGCAGUUUAACAGACUCACCAUCCUCCCCAAUGAUUGAGGUUCUGCACAUGCCUCAAUUCCAGAUGAGACGUUUGAAGAAGCAGCUGACUGAGGAGCAGGAGUUCAGGGAUGAAUUGGAGCUGGAGCUGUCGGAGAACAAGAAACGCCUGGCAGAGAAAGGUGCGUGCAGGGAUGGGAGUCCAACAAGUGUUACGCCAUCUCCCCUCCUCCUGGUGAUUACAUCUAAUGAGCAGUGCACUGAGGGUGCCUUCUGAAGGGAUAGUGGUUCCAUAUUUCAGGAUGAUUUUAUUCUGCUCGCUGUGACACAGAUAUGGGGCUGGUGGUGGUUUUAUAUCCAAUGUCAUUUCUUCCUCUUCGCCUAACAUCUCCUAUUCCUCCUCUUAGUCUUUUCCCCAUUCUCAUUCUACCAAAUCCUUAAUUCCCUCUUCAUUCUAUCACCUACAAAUUAGUUUUCUUUUGCACAUUCCCUUCUCCAUUCAACUUCCAUCUAUUUGUCCGUUCUCAGUUCUUUUUUCCCUUUUCCUUUCACCAUCUGUUUUACCCACUUUUUAAAUGUAAUCUCCAGGUCCUCCAUUUGUCCUUCAUGUGAAUGUUCUCCUAACCUCGCAAUUGUCAGUUGUGCUGGCGAGGUGACUGGCAUAUCAUUUAUGCAGUUGCAUAUCACAAAAUGCUGUCUUUUUUGAUUUACAUGGUUUCUGGUUUUAUCCCAUUAUUAGAGGCCCAGCUAUUUCUAAUGCAGCAGCGCAUUGACCGUCUCUUGGUGCUGAGUGAGAAACAGACAGAGCCUCAUGAACCUCGAGAGCUGGUUGAACUGAGGGAGAAAAAUGAAAGGUAACUGAUGGGUGUUGAGUGGCACAUUGAAAAUGUGAGCAGUCCAAGAGAGCUCUAUCCAUUUUACCUGGGAAAAUGGUUUCACGCUUUUAAAAAAAAAAAAAGUGUUUUUUUUAAUUUUUUUAUUUUUUUUAUUAGUACCAGGGAUAUGGGAAGCUGACCAACCCACAAGACUUGUCUUUUACCAGGGACUCUGGCAAUUGAUCUGCAGAUUAGGGAUCGACUGAUAUUGAUUUUAUAGAGCCGAUAACGUACCGAUAUUUUUACAUUUACCAUUUUGAAAAAAUAAACUAUUUCUACACAAAUCGACCGCUGGACUCCAGAGAUUUACACAGGGGAAGGUAAGUAAGAGUGUGCUUGGCCGAUACCAAUAUUGCUGAAAAUAAAGAAUAUCGGCCAGACCGAUAAUAUCGGUUGAUCCCUACUGCAGAUAUAUUGUUAGUUGUUUUCUUUGCUGCCUGUGAUUGUGGUGCAAAUUGCAAAAGAACUGCACGUUCUAUCUUUUUCCCAUGCUGUUCUUAGAUGUGUACUGCUAGGAGUCUUCUCAGAUUUCAGCUGUGAGUUGACAGACCUUCUAUGUUUGAUACACCUAGUGCUCUCUUAAAUUUCCAUAAGAUGGCUUGCUCAGCAGCCGCACACUUAGGCAGCAUUUCAUUAGUUCAUUUAUUUAGACCCUUACUCUUCCCCACCCUUUUAUUUUCUGUAGUCUGAUGAUACGGCUUCGUGACACCCUCAAACAGUGUCAGGACUUGAAAACCGAUAAAAACCAGCUGGAACGCAAGAAUGAUCAACUGGCAGAGGAGAACGGGGACCUCGCAUUUAAGGUACUCUGCUUAUUGUGCGUCCAGAGCGUUUUCACCAGGCAUGCCUGCUCCUACAUUGCUUUUAUCUAUCCCAUAUCCUGCCAUGAUAUCACAUUUUACUUUUUCAGUGGUUCUGUUGUGUUUCUCUAAAUGAUUCACUUUAGAAUUUCCUCCGAUUUUGUGAAACAAUGUUAUGAGUCUUGUAUAAUAGUGACCCUAUUUUCAUAUUCAUUUAAAAUGCAUUUCUCACCCAGAUCUAUCUCCCUCCUGCCCUCUCUCUAUUGGCAAUCAUACAUGCCAGAUCUAUCUCCCUCAUACAUGCAUACCAGAUGUGUUUAAUAACUGCUGUGUGUUAAUGUUUCUCAGUCUUGUAAUAAACCUACAUAAUGUCUUUUAUUGCUCAGGUGCGGGACCUGGCCAGCCGCCUGGCACAGUUACAAGAUGCCUUGAAUGAGACAACUGAAGAGCACGAUACGUCACUGGCAGGAUGGCAACAGAGGCAGAGUCAGCUAGAGACUGAGCUUAACGCAGCUAUCAGCCAAAAGGUAACCGUAGGUUCUGCAGGGGACCACCGAUCGAUCAGCUGAAUCAGCAUCUCUUGACGUUGCUGUAAGCAGAUGUUGUGUGAGGGGGGUGAAUUGGAGCCAUAGUCCUUCUACCUGCAUUCUUUAUCUGGAAACUUGUAUGUUUCUUCUGUUAGGUUGACUUUUACCUUUGGAUCUCUUCCCUUAGAAAUGCCUGGAGGAACAACAAUUAAUUCUCCAAGGAAAGGUCUCCAUUCUUGAGGAUCAGUUGAAGAAAUUGGGGGAGAGUGGAUCCCAAGAUAAAGGGGAGAGCCUGGGAGACGUCCUGAAGGUAUCGUAUUCAUCCAUUUCUUGCUGAAAGACUGAGCGUGGAUAGGAUAGUGUUGCGUGGUUUCUGAGAGAUGCAGUAAAUCCUCCCACCAGAUUCCUUGUACUAAUAUCCUGCCGGUAGCCCUGGAUAGGUGGGCAACUUUACAGAACUCCAUCACAUGGUCUCCAAAUUCAACCUGCCCUGUAACCUUUCAUCGUUUGUUAGUUGCAUAUUAUAUUAAUGAAUGCACUGCUCUAAAUAUAAAGAUAUUAUGGGAGGUGAUUAGCUUGCCUAGUUUUUAGUUUGUUUUUGUGUUUUUUUUGGGGGGGGAGGGGUUUGUGGCAGAGUAAAAAAAUCCAUGUUUUGUUUCAGCUAUUUUAUUUAUUUAUUUUUAGUUGGAAAGUCUGCACCAGGAAGUCGUAGCUCUUACUUCAAAAUGCACGGCUCUUAAAAGUCAUAUUACACAUUUGGAAAAGGAGAAGAUUGAAGCAAUAGGGGAACUGGAAAUGCAGAGAUCCCGACUUGAAUCUGAGAAGAUGCAGCUCCAAGAUAUUGUCACCAACCUGCAAACAUCUCUCUCUGAGAUCACAUUCCAGAAUGAGAGGCAAAAUCAAGAGGCAAAAGCGCAGGAGGAAAAGCUAACGUGUCAGAUCACCACAUUGAAACUGGAAAUCUCAAAGAUGUCAACCUCCAUAAUGCAAAAAGACAAGGAGCUCCAGGGUCUCCACCAUGAGCUAGGAGAGGAGAGAAAACAGAACGGCCAACUGGUAGAAACAAUCAAGAAGCAGGAGGAGAUCUCAAAACAAAAUAUUGAAGUCCUCAACCACCAAGUAGACCAGCUUAGCACUGUAGUGAGACAAUCUGAGGACAAAAUGGUAGACCUUACUCAAAAACUUGAAUGUGAAACCCAGAAUGUUGCACAUUUAAAACAAGAGUGCAAAGAAUUUGUACAAGAAAGAGACUCUACUCUCACAAUUUUCAAUGAGUACAAGCUGGCUAAAGAGGAGGAACUAGGCAUCUUAAAUAAUAGGCUCCAUCAUUUGGAGGAAACCAAUCAAACCAGUUUAGCAGCAGUGGAAGAGCUAAAACGAGAGAAGGCAGAAUUGUCUCUAAAACUCCAAGAAUUAGAUGCAACGAUUUUAGACUUGAUUGCCAAAUGCCAGAACCUAGACUCUGAGAAUGACACACAAGGUAAAGCACAUGCUAAAAUGGUUGAGUCUCUAAAGUCGCAACUUAUUGAACAAGAAAGUCGGCUUAAAGUUUAUGAGCAGAAAAUUUCCGGAAUGGAGUCCACAACUAAAGAAAACGCUCAGCUUAAAGAAAACUUAUUUUCAAUGGAAGAUGCAAUUAAAAUCUUAAAGGAGCAAUUGGAAGAUGAGAAAACUAGAUAUGCUAACCAUAUAGAGAGUGAGGGUAAAUUGGUUUCUAAGCUUCAAGAAGAUCUUAAGAAACUCUCUGACAGCAGAGAUCAGACACUUGGGGAGCUUAAUGAAGAGAAAGCAUCCAGCAAAAGACUUGAAUCUCAACUGAAGGACUUAGAAGAAGAAUACCGGCAUAGAAAUGAACAUCUGCAGGUUAAACUCUCCGAAACCUCAUCUGCCAUCAAACAUCAACAGGCAAAGCAAGAGGAGCUGACAAUGGAAGUGGACAAAUGGAAGUCAAAGUAUGAAGAGGCCCAACAAGGCAUUGCUCAAAACUCUUGCCAGAUGGAGGAACAAAUUGAAAGAUUGAAACAAGAACACUCUGCAGUUUGUCACACAUUAGAGAAGGAGAAGGCAAAAUCGUUGGAGUUGGAGUCCCAGGCUCAAGAAGCCACGUCUGUCCUAUUGGAUAAGAUGUCUAAGCUUGAAUGUGAGCUGUCUAAAGCGCUGUCAAACAUUACAGAGAAAGAGAUUGAGGAGCAGAAAUUGAGAAGCGCCGUUCAGUCUUUGGAGGAAAAGCUUGUGCUGCAUCAACAAGCGGAAAAGGAGCAAUUAUUUCAGCUGGAGGCACGUUUUGGCAAAGCAACACAAGAACUUCAAAAACUGUCAAAAGAGCUAUCUGAAGAAAAGCUUCAGAAAACAGAGCUUGAAUCUAAAAUAAAACGGCAAGAAGAGCAGAAAUCUGAAAAAAUGUCCAUCUUGGAAUCGAAAAUGUCCACUGCUCAGGCUGCUAUAAAAGAACGUGAAGGUGAAGCCCAGAAGCUCUGUGAAGAGGUGAAGUUAUUGAAAAAUCAACUGGAGGAGUCCAAUGUCAAGUAUCAAGAGGUAGCAGCUCAGAAAGCCCAUGUGAUCACACAACUUGGGGAGGAAAAGGAGAGAGCUUUGGCAGACCUGGCUGCUGAGAAGAUUUCUAAAAUAGAAGUGGAAGCUCAGUUACAGAAAUCUCUAGAUACACACAAAAAUGAGUUCAGCUCCUUACAGAAUGAACUGUCUCGUUCUCUGGACCUUAUUACACUGAAGGAGAGUGAAUUAGAAAGACUUACAAAGGAUGCAACUUUGAGGGAAAAUCAAUUGCACCUAGAGCAACAAAAGGUGGCUAAGCUUACAGGUGAUUUGACCACUUUAAAAGCAUAUGAGGAACGAUCUUCAAUGCUGGAAGUAGACGUUAAAAACUAUAUGCAAAGUGCUAAAACAAUGGAAGCAGAAAUCACUAGUCUAAAAGCAGCAAUUUGUGAAAAGGAUAAAGAAAUCAAUCUUUUGGAGCAUAAUCUCAAGAGCAAGGAGAAGGACAGUGCUUCCUUCCAAGAGCAGUAUCAGGCCACACUCGGUGAGAUGCAAGUUCUUCAGGCAAACAUGGCGGAGCUAGCAAAAAAAUGCAGUGAGCAGGAUCAAGUAAUAGUUUGUGCCCACAAAGAAGCUGCUGAGGCAAAAGCCAUGGUUUCAGAGAAGAUUUCUGUGUCGGAACGACAACAAGAGGGUAUUGAGGACCUGGAAGCAAAAAUCCAGCGGGAACAGCAGAAGACAUGUGAGUUAAUGAAGCAGUUGGAGGAUGCUCGAUCAUCGCAAGCAGACACAGAGUCCUCCUUUGAGGCAUUAAAGAAGGAGUUAUUCCAUAAGGUACAAGAAUUAGAGCAAAGCCAAAAGGCAUUGAAUGACUCAAACAUGGCGCUCUCUUCUGCUCUUUCAAAGUCACAUGAAACUGAGAAGUGUCUAACAGAAGCUAGAGAAGAUGCGGCUACGUAUCGCGCUGAAGUUGGGAAGAAAACUGAGGAAAUCGCCUCAAUGGAAGCAGAGAUGAAGAGCUUAACAUCAAAAGUCAUCACCAAUAAGAAGUCCUCCAUGGAGUUUAACGAGUUGUUAGUAAGGGAACAAAACAAAAACACAUCCCUUGAGGGCCGUAUCGCCACACUCCAGGCAGACCUGAAUGCAUCUUCAAAGGAACUGGAGGUGAAGAAAGGUGUGAUUGAGAAUCUGAACACUGAAGUGAAGAACAUCCAUGUGGAAACUGAAAAGCAAAGGUUGUCUUUAGAAGAACUGCAGAAAAAACUCUCAUCCCAAUAUACAAUAAAAGAGGCACUUGAACAGGAGAUUCAGUCUUGGAAGCAGUCCUGUGCCCAGAAAGAAGAGCAAAUGUCACAUCUCCGAGAUCAGCUCAGCAGCUCCCAAAACAUGCUGGAAGAACUGAAAUCCCUGAAGAACAGUAACCAGGAACUAAAGGCAGAGCGGACGGCUAUGGAUAAGAAGCACAAGGAGGAGUUUGCAAUUCAGCAGAACAAGGCAGACUGUCUGCAGACAGAACUUGAAAAAACCAAGGGAGAACUUGACCAGCUGCUGGAGCUGAAGGAUACCUUGAGCAGACAAGACCAAGCGCUAGAGGUUCUGCAGAAUGAGAAAGCAAGUUAUGUGGCUCAGAUUACCGAGCUCCAGCAGGCUAAUGGUCAACUGACUGUCCAAAACAAAGCUUUAUCCCAAGAUCAAGGGGCGAAGAAUUUGGAAGCUGAACUUGCCAAGAUCAGACAGCAGCACUCCCAGGAGCUCCAAAUUCUCCAUGAGCAGUUAGAGAGGGCAGUUGGUGAAGGCAAGGAACAAAUAGAAGAUCUCAGCAAAAAACUGGAAGCUGUUACCAGCAAAUACGACCAUGCAAAGACGAGGGUAAUGGACGACAGGCAGAAGUUCCAAGAGGAAAGGCAGAAACUGCUUCUUCAGGUACCGGUCCAACAUAUACCUUAUUUAUUCAUUCUGAACUUUUCAGUCCUCAGGAAUCCAUACUAAGUUAAAGGCAGUUUUUGUGUGACUUUAAUUUCGUAUUGUAUCUGAUCACAUGUUAUAUCAGAACCACAUCGACGUGACCAUAAUUUCACUAGUACGAUGCAGGAAACCUGAACUGGUCAGUCAUUCACUUUUGUGUUGUGCAAUUCUUUAUGUAGAUAUGGUAACCGUUGUAGAUAUAGUUCCUCUCACAAGCUUACCUUCCAGCUUUAAUUGACCGGAAACAUUUUAAUGUAUUCAAUGAGCUGAAGGAAGCUGUGGAGUAAUCCUGGAAUUUGUUAAAAUCAGUCUGUAAAAUGAAGAUCUAGUAACCAGUCCACAAGACUUUCCGAUGCUCAAGAUUGCUGUGUACUAGAACUCGCUCUCUUAAUCGAAGCUUAUUUCCUUGCAAUGUAACACACAGGUUGAACAGUUGGAAGCUUCAAAGAAGGAGCAAUCUGAGCAGGUAACGAGCAUAUCCAACUCGCGUCUGCAGCUACUUAAACGGUGAUGGUGCAUGCCGCUAACACACCUAUAUGCAACGCCAUCUGUGGGUUCACACGCCACCGCUGUUUUCGUUGUGAACUGUUUGCAAAAGGCACGCGGCAGCAUGCAGGAUAUCGCACAGGUGUGAAGCGGAUAUGCUUUUUCACUCGAGUGUGGUCUGAGCAUUGAUUCCUCGUGUGCUUGUAGGGUGUCCUCUUCUGAAACCUGCCCCCUUAAGGCUUCCAUGAUACAUUGCAGGUUAGAAGACUUUCUGUUUCCUUGGCACCUUCUGCUUUCCAACAGCCGUACGGUAUCCUCCUGUCCCUUUAAUUCUGCCUAAUUUAUUCCUGCACUCAGAAUGUCUGUACAAUGAUUAGCUGCUUGAAAAGGUCCCGUAGAAAUUAGACCUAUAUUAUAUAUAUCUCUAUUGAAAACAUUCUGUGGCCUUGUCCUAGGCUAACAUUGGCUCAAAUUCAUACAGAGGAGCCUUUUUACAUUCUUUAAUAAGUAUGUUAAAGUUACCUUGCUCCCUCGGUCAUGGAACAUGGCUAACCCCUGCAUCCUGUCCCUUUUUUGUGGCAAACAGUUACCAAUGAACACAGUCCUUUUGUGUCGAGUCAGACACACUUAGUACAGAAAGUUGGUGAAUACCUGGAGGUUAUUUUGAUUUUGAAUUUUUUUUUUUUUUUUUUUUUUAACUAUAAAAAUACUCUUAUUAAGCUUUCAAACUAACUGUGGCCUAAUUCAUUUCACUACUUCUAUUGGAUCCAAUCUACCCAAUUGUGUACCCACCAUGCUUUCUGCAUCUCCCACCUUUCACCGAUCGGAGUCUCCUAGGAAUAAGUGUACGUCUUCCACUGACCGUGUAAACCUGGUAGCUGCAUGGCUAGUAAGAUUAGGAGUUUCAAUGUCUGUAUUGCUGGUGGGAGUUCAAGUGAAGACCUGAUCUAAAGGUUUAGGUUGGCUAAUAACUAGUUGGUUAAUGUCCACUGCGUGUUCAUGUAUUGCUUCCACUGCGUGUUCAUGUAUUGCUUCCACUGGUUUGGGAGCAUUUAAUAUGUGCUUAGAAUAGACAGAUCUCAUAAUGAACUGGGACCUACUGCCUGUGAGCUGCAAUGUGUUGGGAAAGGUGUUAUACCGCACUCUAGUGGAAUACUUACACACUCCUACGAGCCCCUGCUGGUUUAAGCUGCUUGUAUUGCUGUGUUUUGGGAACUUUGUGCUUGCUGGUGGAAGAUUGUGUAUUUUCUGUUUUAGGUGCAGGAGCUGAACAAACAGUUGAGUCAGCAGGAGAAAACACUGAAAACCCAACAGCAGAAGCUGAAGGUACGAGGCCCUGUGCCAGCUAAGAUGCCUUAUUUUAGUAUUUUGUUUGCAUGCAACAUCUGUUAUUAGUUUAUUUGUUUUUCUAUGGAAGAAAGCAACGUAUGCUCAGCUGCAGUCCUUCCAUUACAUAACUUAAUGCCCCAGCUUACUUAUGUGAGGUAUUUACAAAAGAGCAAUAGCCGGGUGAGCCCCGGGGAGGGGGUGAGCCCCCAGACUUGCCUGGUGCUUUGUUUAAUGUCUUCUUGUGAUUCAUGUAGCUGAGAGAAAGUGAGAUCAGCGUGGAGGUGGAAAAGAAGCAGAGUCAAGUCGCCGAGCUGGAAUCCCUCCUGGAGCAGCAGACGAAGGCUGUGGAACACUAUAAAACACAGGUAGGUUGGGAUUUUAUAGCUGAACUCUGCCUUAUGAUGAUUAUCGCCAUGUAUAUAGCGCCAACAGAUUCCGUAGCGCUUUACAAUAUUAUGAGAGGGGGGAUGUAACUACAAAUAGGACAAUUACAAAAAACUUACAGGAACGAUAGGUUGAAGAGGACCUUGCGCAAACGAACUUAGUCUAUAGGAUAAAACAUGUUUUUCAGGGGUUCAUUUUUAUUCUCUGCCGAGGACAGACUGGGCACUGUACAUGAAGAACAGCACAAUUAGGGCGUUUGUAAAGCUAAAUGUGUUAUGUUUUCCUCUUGGACUGUGCUUUAAUAAGACAGAGCAUGGUAUUGGCACCAGGUGGGCAGUGCAUCCAUUGUCAUUGUUCAUCUCUAUGAGAAGUAUCAAAUUAUUGGAUUGGACAAAAUGUCAUCUAGUCUGAGAUCAGCCAGGUGGAUCAGGCUGCUCAAGACCAGCUGUAUCAGAGCUGAAGUUUAGGUUUUUUGCAAUCUAAAUCUCCCUACCCUGCUAUUUGAUCCACACGAAAAUUUAAAUCCAGGAACUAUAGUGUUUUAAGUUGAGAGGUAACCAAAUCAUAGAUCCUUCUUCUAUUUGGUACACACCAUGCACAUUGACACCUUUUGUACCAUCCUAUUGGUGCCCCCAGUGGUCAAGUAUGCAUUUGAGCCUGGGGCCCAUUUGGUUGCAAAUUAUAGCUUGCUCCAGGAAUCUUAGUAUUUUAUUUAUUUAUUUUUCUCCUGCACAGAUGGACAAGGCCAAAUCUCACUACGACGCAAAGAAGGUGCAAAACCAAGAGCUGAAUGAGAACCUGGAGAAAACAGCCAGGGAGCAGGAGCAGCUGCGCAAAGAGAAUUCCGAGCUCAAGAUGGAGUCAGAUCGUCUCAACAGGGAGCUUCAGCACUCCUUGCUCCACAGUAAAGAGGUGGAACAAAACUGCAAGAACCUGACCAAUCAAGUGAAGUCUUUAGAGGUGCAGGUAAGAGUCUUAAAAAUAGGCCCAAUAGCCUAUCAAAAAUAAGUCAAAAUUAAAACCGCUGCCGAUUAGAAGGUGAGCUGCACUUACACACAAGAAAAGCAAGAAGGAUAACUACACUUUUAGCAGUUAAACAUUAAUCAAAAUAAACUUAAAGGGACACUAGUCACCAGAACAACUUAAUGUUGUGGUUCUGGUGAGUAUAGUCAGUGCCUGCAAGCAUUUUAAAGUAAACACAGUCGUUGAAGAAAAAAGGCAGUGCUUACAGCCUAGGAACACUCUAGUGGUAAUCACUCCAGAGGGCCACUCGAGGUGCUUCCUGGGACAGUGCUGCAUAGUGUGCAGUACAUACAUUCAUAGUCUCCACCCUCUGCAUGGAGAAGCAUUGAUUCAAUGUAUCUCUGAGGAGAUGUUGAUUGGCCAUCCUGUGGAAAGCAUUGGAUUGGCUGAGACCAUAGUUUUAUUUCUGCCACUGGGUCAGCCAUGGUGAGAUUGGUGCAGCACUGCAGAAAAAGGUAAGUCAACUAUCUUUUUAAGGUAAAUUGUUAUUUUAUAGCUGUAGUGUCAGGAAGGCAAACUUGCAUUCCUGACACUAUAUUGUUUAAGUAGAAAAUCUAAUGACAAACUGCGCACACAGACCAUGUGUGAACUAUCUAUGGACCGGUUGUGGAUCUUCCGCUGCUACGAGACUGCAGUGUGAUUUGCUCCGCCACCUUCGCAUUCGAUUUUUAUCUGUUGAUGCCUAUUGCAAAUUGGCUGUAAUACGAUCUAGGGACAAAACCAUUUACAGAGUUCGGACUUUCCACUUAUGAUGCUAAUAUUUUCCAUCUCUCCCAUUACUCUGGCACAUUUCCUUCACCCUUCAAGCAUGCAACCAUAACCCCGAUUCUGAAAAAGCCCAAACUCUCCAUCCAACUGCCGCCCUAUAACUUGCCAUUGCCUUGCUUUUCAGCACUUCUAAAAAGAAACCUUGAUCUAAAUUGCUCUGUGACUUUAUAUGUAAAUGUUAAAGGGACAUUUUAAAUGAAAUCUAAAUCGCCAUUUAGUAGAUAUGCCCCAAUGAAGGCAUGCAUUUAAUUGUGCAUUUUUGUUCCAUUGGGAUAAAUCUAGGGACACCUUGUAAAAGCUGCAGAUCACUUGUCUGAAGCCUUUGCAAGUCCCUCCCCAGUUGGAUAUUGCAUGUGUUAGGUUGUGUUCUGCCAUGUCUUGUCUCCUGACGAUUUAAUGUGCUGUAAUCUAAUCUAAUUUGGAAUCUUUUUGCAUUGAUAACCCCUCUUCUGCCCCCAUAGGUGGAAUAUGCGGACCGCCAGUUAAGGGAACUGGGCAAGUUUCAGGUAGCGACUGAUGCCAUGAAGGGCCGAGAAACAAUGGGCCCCCCACGGGAAACAAGACGGCGGGGCCACGCGGACGUCAGUAUUGACAGUCUGGACUUGAGCGAUGAGGAGAAUCCAAUGAACUCUACUGGGUAUGAAAGGUCUCUCUAGAUGUAGAACCUCACUCUGAAUGCACAUAGCUUACCGUCUGACUCCAGGGCAGCAGACAAUAUGCAGUGGUUAGAACAUCCCUGUAUCUAGCUACUGUUAGACUCACUCCUGCAGUUUAAUUAUCACACCCUUAAAGACUAGAACCCAGAUUAGAAUAAUGUUGGAAACCUUUCACAUUCUAUGUGUAUCCUGGAAGCCUGGUAUGUCUGCUUUCCUUGACCGCUAGAGAUUGAUCACUAGGAAAGUGAUCAGGAAGAGCGUCCUCCGGUCCUGAUCUGGAGGGAUAGCCCUAGACCUAGAUCAGUGUAACCUCUCUCUGUUAACAGUGGUGCUGUUCGCUGGUUUGUUACUGCUAGGCAUUUUCCUGUGAAGAGCAUUUUUGAUGAGGGCUGUAUAUAAUUUACUUCCGUAGGCUGUAUGAUGGCCAGUAUAGACCAGCUGGAUUUUACUUUUAUAGCCAGAAAUAAGUUGGCUUUACAGUUUAUUUGCCUGAAGUAGACACUUGUAUUUUAUUAGCAGGCUCCUGCGCACUCUAUUAAAAGUUAAACAUUCAGUAAGAUGCAGAAUAUUUUCAGUUAAUGCGGUGAACAUGCUGUGUAACCUUUUCAGAAAGAAUGGCCGCUCCCAUCAAGAAGCCACAUCUUCAGGCAGCCCAGACUCUUUGGCACAGGGUCGCUUGCCCCAGAAAGUGGAGUCUCUUGAGAGUCUUUACUUUACCCCUAUCCCCACCCGGGUCCAGUCAAAGAUGGACAGCAGUAUCGGCUCCAUUGGUGACCUGUCCUUAGACUCCAGUAAGAAGACCCGAUCUGCUCGUAGGCGAACAACCCAGGUCAUCAACAUCACAAUGACCAAGGUAGGAGUAGAUACUUUGCAAUGUUUCCUAUCCUUCGAUUAUCAAUGAGAUGCUACAGUUAGUAGUGUUACACGAGUCUCCCUUUCAAGCCUACAAUAAACGGCAACCCAGUCAGAGACUGAUUAGCAGUUCCGCAAAGACUUCUCUAUGCACCCCAUGGAUACAGGUGAACAUAAUGGUAGGAUGUUAAGGAUAUGUGAGAUAUUAUUAGGAAAUGAUAUACAAGGGGUGAAGGAGGUUUGGAUACCUUGUGUUGACAUUCCCUGACACAGCGGAUUCCAACUCCCAUGGAUUGUUUCAUUUUUCAUGCUUGGUGGCAGCGACACGGGUCAGGCAGUCUGUGGUAUCCCUUGUGGCAGCACAUCUCCCGUACAAAUCCACACAUUAUCUAAAGGAAUUUACUCCGCUUCUACUAAAGCAUACGGGUCACUUAGAAGAUUAGUUGCAUAUUGGCUACUGUGUUCUCCCAUUAAUUCCACUCUAAUCCUGCCGAUUAAAACGAUGUAACUCCAGGCAAAAGAUCCUUAACAAAGGAAAUGUUAUAUAUUAAAUGGUAAGACCUGUGACCUGUAUGGGGAGAAAACAAAACAUGCAUAUAAACACAAUAUCCAGCACAUUGGGAGUUUAAGUAUUUUGUGUAGUGAUAUUUGAGAUAAUAAGGAGGCAUUGCACUUUUAAUUCCUUAUUUUGUGAAAAAAUGAUUUCUAAUAGUCGUGCUUGAGUUAUGUUUCUACUCAUUCUAUUUUUAAUAUAGAGAACAAAAGAAGAGACGGUAGAACCUGAAAGUGCCAACACUUCUUUCUACAGCCUGCGCUCUGCGUUGUCUCACCAGAGCCUACAUCAAGAAAAACCCCGGAGAGGUGGGCGCCCUCAGCCAGCCAUCUCCGCCCCAGCUUUGUCCAGCCUUCCAUCACAAGAGUCCCUGAUCAGGCCAGAUCUGACCUCCUCCGAUGACAGCCUGAAUAACUCUGUGCUAAUGAACUUACCGGGAUACAGACCCACCACCCGCAGCUCUGCACGGCUUUCACAAGGAGGUAACUAGUCCAGCACUGCACCCGAUAUCUAGUGUGGUACUCUUUCCUAAUCUAACUCUACAUAUUCUUCUAAUCCAGCACUGCACCCGAUAUCUAGUGUGGUACUCUUUCCUAAUCUAACUCGACAUAUUCUUCUAAUCCAGCACUGCACCCGAUAUCUAGUGUGGUACUCUUUCCUAAUCUAACUUGACAUAUUCUUCUAGUCCAGCACUGCACCCGAUAUCUAGUGUGGUACUCUUUCCUAAUCUAACUUGACAUAUUCUUCUAAUCCAGCACUGCACCAGAUAUCUAGUGUAGUACUCUUUCCUAAUUUAACUCGACCUAUUCUUCUGGCCCAGUGACUGACCAUUUCCAUUAUUUUAUGUGAAAUCAUUUUUAAACCUCUUAUCUCUAACAUCAGUUUAUUGAUGAUCCUCUGUCCAUAAUCAUAAUAAAGUAGUCUGGCGAAUAACCACAUGGGUCUGUCUGUCCACUGGCUAAGGUACAAGGCUGAAUAGAAUACAAUAAGAUUAGUUUGGCAUGAUCUCCCUGAAGUAAACCCAUGUUGUCAAGUUCAGAGACAACAUGGGUUUACUUCAGGGAGAUCAUGCCAAACUAAUCUUAUUGAUUUUUUUGAUUGGGUAACUAAAAUUAUAGAUCAGGGUGGUGCAGUAGACAUUGCUUACCUAGAUUUCAGUAAGGCUUUUGACACUGAUGCACAUAGAAGGCUUAUCAAUAAACUGCAAUCUUUAAGUUUGGAUUCCAAUAUUGUUGAAUGGGUAAGGCGGUGGCUGAGUGACAGGCAACAGAGGGUUGUAGUCAAUGGAGUAUAUUCGAAGCUUGGGCUUGUCACCAGUGGGGUACCUCAGGGAUCUAUACUUGGACCCAUUCUCUUUAAUAUUUUUAUUAGUGAUAUUGCAGAAGGUCUUGAUGGUAAGGUAUGUCUUUUUGCUGAUGAUACUAAGAUUUGUAACAGGGUUGAUGUUCCAGGAGGGAUAAGCCAAAUGACAAAUGAUUUAGGUAAACUAGAAAAAUGGUCAGAAUUGUGGCAACUGACAUUUUAUGUGGAUAAGUGCAAGAUAAUGCAUCUUGGACGUAAAAACCCAAGGGCAGAGUACAGAAUAUUUGAUAGAGUUCUAACCUCAACAUAUGAGGAAAGGGAUUUAGGGGUGAUUAUUUCUGAUGACUUAAGGUAGGCAGACAAUGUAAUAGAGCAGCAGGAAAUGCUAGCAGAAUGCUUGGUUGUAUAGGGAGAGGUAUUAGCAGUAGAGAGAGGGAAGUGCUCAUGCCAUUAUACAGAACACUGGUGAGACCUCACUUGGAGUAUUGUACACAGUACUGGAGACCGUAUCUUCAGAAGGAUAUUGAUACCUUAGAGAGGGUUCAGAGAAGGGCUACUAAGCUGGUUCAUGGAUUGCGGGAUACAACUUACCAGGAAAGGUUAAAGGAUCUUAACAUGUAUAGCUUGGAGGAAAGACGAGACAGGGGGGAUAUGAUAGAAACAUUUAAAUAUAUAAAGGGAAUCAACACAGUAAAGGAGGAGACUAUAUUUAAAAGAAAAAACUACCACAACAAGAGGACAUAGUCUUAAAUUAGAGGGACAAAGGUUUAAAAAUAAUAUCAGGAAGUAUUACUUUACUGAGAGGGUAGUGGAUGCAUGGAAUAGCCUUCCAGCUGAAGUGGUAGAGGUUAACACAGUAAAAGGAGUUUAAGCAUGCGUGGGAUAGGCAUAAGGCUAUCCUAACUAUAAGAUAAGACUAGGGACUAAUGAAAGUAUUUAGAAAAUUGGGCAGACUAGAUGGGCCGAAUGGUUCUUAUCUGCCGUCACAUUCUAUGUUUCUAUUUUGCGAUCAAUGUAUUCCGGUAAAAUAAGUUGCAUGCACUAGUAUUUUUCAAUACUCCAUUAUCUGUUUAGUAGUAUUUAUAUUUUACUCCCAGGUCGCAACAGUUUCUACAUGAGCACUUGUCAGGACGAGCCAGAUCCUCAGGAAGACUGGAAUCGGAUAGCGGAGCUGCAGCAAAGGAACAGAGCAUGCCCACCGCACCUUAAGACCUCCUACCCACUGGAGUCCAGGGUACGCAUUAUAUGGAGCAUACUAUACCUUUAUUCCCACUUGUCUGCUCUUGUCAGAAGGUCCAAAUAGUUUGAGUACAUUCUUUCCAAGGAAGGACAUUUCACAGAGCUCUAGGCUAAGUGUUAUUGAUAAUGAUUCAUUGUAACUGUCCAUUUUGUUUCCCAGACUGUGCAUUGUUUAGUUUUUGGGGAUUUGUACGCAAUGUCUAACACACUUUGUAUCUGUUGCCUGAAACAAGUUAAAAUGUGCUUUCCACUUCGCUGGUGGACUCCAGUACCAGUCAGGUCUUGAUCACUUGAAUUGUCAGAUGUUCUGGAUCAAACUUCAUUUUAGGAUGUCUAAUUAUAAAUGUGUAGAGCUGUACACAUGGCUUUUUAUUAUGAAAUUAUAAUCAAAUGUAUGAUUUAUUUAAAUUUUUUCUGACCCACCAGCCGUCGCUUCUGGCUGCCACCAUUACAGAUGAAGAAGUGAAGACUGGAGACCCUAAAGAGACUCUGCGACGUGCCACCUUGCUACCUUCCCAAAUACAGGAGUCCACAACGUCCACUCGCAGGAUGACUCUGGCUUCUUCAGAGUUUGAUCAUCCUUGGGGCGGCAACAUCACUACACGGCAGCAGAGGAAGAGGGUGUCUGAAGAGCCCCACCAAGGACCGGACACUCCAGAGGUGGGGAGGAGUAAAUGCACAGCAAGCGGUUACUGGUACCUUUGAAGUAUUUGCUGGUUUUGAAGUUAAAAUGUCAUAUUUCAUAAUAGCCAAUACCAUACUACUUUUUAGCUCCAUGCAGUUAAAAGCUAGUGGGUUUAAAAUUCACAAGUACAAACCAUGUUUUAAACCUGCUUUUUUUUGUUUUGUUUUUGUUUUUCUCUCCCUAUCCCCAUAGUCUAAGAAGUCUGCCAGCUGCUUUCCGCGACCUAUGACUCCCAAGGACAAGCACGACCCGCGUAAAUUGUCUGUGGCAGAAAGCAAAAUUAGGGUUAGCCAGCCGGUGAGUCUUCAAGAUUUCAGUGCCACUUCUGUCUAAUUUACAGCCUUUUAAUUAUUGUGAGCUGACCUGUAUCUCCAGGCCCAGCACACACACAGCUCAGAAAUAACAAAGCUGCUGUUUCUACUGGCAUGAAAUCACUCUUCUGCUGAGUUCUGCAGAUCAUUGAUUUUAGUUAUAGACUGAUGGCUCCCAUUGUAAGUAACGCUGGUCUUCUCACACAAAGGAUCAAUAAAAUGAGGUUCUCAUUGUGAUGGCUCCUCUUGGCUUAUUGAUUUUUCUUUAUCUUACAGCAGACACAGGCCAGCCGGCGGCAAACUAUGGCCUUCAGUAUUCUAAACACCCCGAAAAAAAUUGGCAGUAGCUUCCUGAGAAAGAGUACUAGCAAAAAGACUGAAACCCCUAAAAUCAGCCCGCGAACGAGAGGGUCAAGUGGUAGCACCAGCAGUACUUCCUCCAAAUCCCCACUUCAUGCAAUCCGCAAAUCACCAAGCAGACGAUCUCCCAGGGUCUCCCAAGCAAAAUCCCCCAAGAGAUCAAGCAAGGUGGGUUCAUUCAUGAGAUUAAAAACCCGACACAUUGUAUUUUAACAAGUAGGCCCCAGCUGCAGAACUACAACUUCCAGAGGAGUUGUCAGGCAUUGAUUGAGAUCCAAGAGGAGAUGGAGUUUACAUCAUUCGCACCAGACAUUCUUUUAAAACAAAAACCAUGAUAUGCAGAAUAGCAUGAAUGGUUCCACACAGAACGCAAUUUAAAAUGUUUUGAAGUUGAAAUGUAUCAAAAUUUGGUUAAAUGUUUGAAGGAAAGUUUCCUAGAUUAGGGUUUGUAGAUGGGUUUUUUUUCUAGCCAAAUAUAUGGCCAUUAAAAUGAGCAAUAUUUUAUUUUUUUCUUCACUAUCCCCUUAAAAUUAUGCAGAUAAGGUGUAAAGACUGCACUUGUUUUAAAGGUAAGAUUACUGGCGGUCUUUUGCAAUUCUACCGCAAUAUCCAGGAUUCCUGGUUUUAAACCAGUCCUGCUGUACAUGGCUGGACAGAGUAUUACAUACGUUGGAUCCCAGUGUUUGUUGUUGUGUGGAAAUGCUGUUUAUUUUGAUGUGAUGAAUUUGGGCUUUCUCUCAAUCAGGCCGGAGCACGAUGAGCAUCCGCAGGUAAGCCAGGUGUUUGUGUGGUGUGAGGCCAUUGAUUCACACACUUUCUUCCUCUUACACAAAUCGCACAAAAUGUAAUGGAAUUUGGUUACUGGAUGGAAGGAGUUCUAUCCUCCUUGGUCAGAGCAGAGUUGGCAGAGGGCUCCGGGAUCCAUUGGUGAAUUGUACCAUCCGGGAUCCAUUGGUGAAUUGUACCAUCCGGGAUCCAUUGGUGAAUUGUACCAUCCGGGAUCCAUUGGUGAAUUGUACCAUCCGGGAUCCAUUGGUGAUUCUUAUCUGUUUGCACAUUCACCUUAGUAGAUGGUAACUGAUCAGCCCGAUUAACCCCUUGCCUCUCUGGCUUGCUUCUCUCCAUUAGACACCUAAUGAUUAUAAUCUGAAUUUGUAUAAUUGGCAUACUGCUAGAUUGUUGCAUCCUGUGUGCAACAUGUGCUCACAAUUUGGAAUUUAAAUCCGGUUUCUGGAUUCAUCUAAUCUAUUACUUUACACAAAAAAUCACUUCUGCAAAUUCCAUUCUUUCUAUGGUGAUGGUAGCAGGUAGGUGAGCAGGUUAGUUUUGGUUUCCAUUGUUGUACAAGAAAAAUAAAAUUAAAGGUAUACCAUCUCUCGCAUUUCCCAUCUUACCUGCUCUAAUCUUAACCCAAAGGCAAAAUGACUUUCUGUUCCACAAACGACUGCAUAUGGCGUUAGUCUCUGCUGCGCUGUACAGGAGGCUGUAUCACUUCAUUCUUCUAAAUAGAAAGUGGGAGGGGGGGAGGGGGGGUGGUAGUUACCCACAUCACAGGAGAAUCUGAAAAAAAUUAUAUUUCUAUUUUGACAAUAUAUUCUAAACUUGUCUGAAGCUUUGCAAGGAAAUUAGUAUGUAUUUCUCAUAAUACCGUAUACCCUAUAUUUGUAUGAAGCAAAGGAUGAACCUUUGAAAGAAUAAAAAUCCAAUGUGUGCGCACAAAGUAUUUCCAUAAUUGUAAUUCUGUAGUUAAAUCUUAGUACAUAUUGGAGUAUGGCAAUUGAGUUUUUUUUUGUAUCCUUUGCUGCGCUGGAUUCAAAUUCACGCUCCCGCUAUGAAUUCUGUGUUCUCACAUUUCUAAUGAAUGUUGCAUUUAAAAAAAAGGGGGGGGGCUCCAAAGUUUAGGGGAAGUAGAAGUCCGUUCAGCUCUGGGCUUUAAUGCUGUGGUAACCAAUAAAUUGUUCAGUCUGUUAAUGUUUCUGUUCUGUAAGAUUUUUAUAUUUUCUUUUUUUCUUGCAGUUUUUUGAACGGAAGCAGUCCAAGAACAAAUGAGGUCAUGCUUUGAAUGGACACACUUUGAAUAGACUGCUUUUUAUACCUGCUAUUUGGCUGCACCAAGAGCCCGCCGGAUUAACGCGUUUGUUGCCGUGUCGUUUUCAUCCCAACGGCAGCAAAUUCAUACUUUGUACAUUUCCCAAUUAAUGCAUAUUAUUAUAAUUAUGUCUUUAAUUUGCGUAUCAUUUUUGGCUUUCACUAUCUAGGACGACUGCUGCAGUCACUACAACUUAUCAUCAAGAUUUGGUCGAAUAUUUUUCCUUUUGUAUUUUAAUUUGCUGGACAAGCAAGAACUUAUGUUUCAAAAAACCUGCAGGCUACACAGCAUUUUUAAUGUGGGCUUUCUAAAUAUGGCGGCAUGUGCCAGCUGCAUUUUAUGGGUAGGGAGGGAUCGCUAGCCUUUGAUCACAUUUCAUUCACGAUUAAUGUAUGUAUAUUGUUUGACAGAUGGUAAGCUAACUUUUUAGUGCCUUAUUGCUGUGGCUCUGUAAGGUGUGGCAGUUUAAUUUAUUAAAAGCAUUUCCAUCCCUGUACUCUGUAUUGUAGCCGUAUCAGCGAGUCUGGCCAUCAUGUGGUCUCUACAGUGCUCUGUCUGGGAGUAUCAUGGACUAGCUGAAGGGUAAAAUGUCUGUGAGGUUAAUCGCUGGCAAUAUUACAGAUUGCUUUUGUCAUUGUAACAAUAUAGUUCACGCACAAUUUGGAUCAUAUUGUGAACAUGUCUUUAAAGACCAGCACACACGGCUUGUGUUCCUUCACAGAUGGUUUCACUUGAUGAUACUAUUCCUGCCAUUAGUCCUAUCCGAAGGAAUGUCUACUCUCCUUACCUAUACUGUAAGGAUAUAUUCUGGGCAAGCCCAUAAUGCACACAGGUACACCUGGCCCUACUACUCCCAAGUUACCAAUCCUCACCCAGGCUCUGUUUCUUCCCGGGCCUCCCUUCUUGGUGUUACCUGAUAUUCAAUUUUACAUCCACUGCCCUUUUCACGGUUCUCUCCUCCCUUAUGUGCACUGUCCCUUUAAACACUCAGGCAUGGUCCGAAUUCAUUUAAUCCAACACUUACGUAACUUUAUCACAUUGUACGGAUGACAAAGCUAGUUCUACUGUGUUCUCUAGUAAGUAUGAUGCUUUGUAUUUUAACUGGUAAAAUUGAUCGUACAGCUCUGAACUCCUUACAGAUGUCUGUUGGAUUAUGUGUCUUCAAUGAACACCUUUAUCCUAUUUUCAAAGGCAUCAAAUGGCCUUUCAGAUACUUGGAUAUUAUAUCUGCCAUUAGAAUUGUCUGAAUCUUCUUUUUUAAAUUUAAGUUAACAUUAUUAUAUUUUUAAACCUGUUCCUUUACCCUUUUUUCUUUUUUUUUUUUUGUGAUUUAAGACACAAAUUAAUGGAAUUAUAUAUAAUUUUUUUUGUACCCAUAUAAAAAUGGAUAAAUAAAUCCGUCCUUCAUGUGUCUUCCCUUUAUCUGGCGUUGUACGUCUCUGCUUUCCAAGCCGGCAAUGAUAGGCAGCAAUCUCUGUAUUGCGGUGUGAUGUGGAACCCGGUUUAAAGGGUUUUUAAUUAGAUUAUUUUGUAGAGUGACAUUCCUUUUAGAUAUUUUUACUUUGCCGACACGAAGCAUUGCAGGGCAAUCCUUAAUAUGUGGCUAACUAUAGUCUGCCUUAAAAAAAAAAAAAAAAAGCUUUUGGAAUAAAGUAUUUGUCUUAUUACAGGUGAUACUCUUAAAAUUAGAAUAUUGUGCAAAAGUUCUUUUAUUUCAGUAAUGCAACGUAAAAGGGGAAACUAAUAUAUGAGAUAGAAGCAUUACAUGCAAAGCAAGAUGGGUCAAGCCGUGAUUUGUCAUAAGUGCGAUGAUUAUGGCUUACAGCUCAUGAAAACCUCAAAUCCACAAUCACAGUAAAUUAGAAUAUUACAUGCAAUCAAUAACACAAGGAGUGUACAUAGAACAAUAUUGGACCUCAAAGUAUAAGCAUGCAUAUGGACUCAGCACUUGAUUUGGGCCCCUUUUGCAGCAAUUGCUGCCUCAAUGCGGCGUGGCAUGGAAGCUAUCAGCCUGUGGCACUGCUGAGGUGUUAUGGAAGACCAGGAUGCUUCAAUAGCAGCCUUCAGCUCUUCUGCAUUGUUCGGUCUCAUGUCUCAUCUUUCUCUUGGCAAUGCCCCAUAGAUUCUCUAUGGGGUUUAGAUCAGGCAAGUUUGCUCACCAAUCAAGCAGGCAGUGUGGGCAGGUGCCAAAUCCUGCUGGAAAAUGAAGUCAGCAUCCCCAUAAAGAUCGUCUGCAGAAGGAAGCAUGAAGUGCUCCAAAAUCUCCUGGUAGAUGGCUGCGUUGACCCUGGACUUAAUGAAGCACAGUGGACCAACACCAGCGGAUGACAUGGCUCCCAAAAUCAACACACUGUGGAAACUCCACACUGGACUUCAAGCAUCUUGCAGUGUGUGCCUCUCCAUUCUUCCUCCAGACUCUGGGUCCUUGGUUUCCAAAUGAGAUGCAAAAGUUGCUCUCAUCAGAAAAGAGGACUUUGGACUACUGGGCAACAGACCAGGUCUGUUUUUCUUUAGCCCAGGUAAGACGCUUCUGACGUUGUUGUUUGUUCAGGAACGGCUUGACAAGAGCAAUAUGACAUCUGAAGCCCAUGUCCAGGAUCCGUCUGUGUGGGGUGGCUCUUGAUGCACUGAUUCCAGCCUCAGUCCACUCCUUGUGAAAGUCCCCAACACUUUUGAAUGGCCUUUUCCUGACAAUCCAUGCUGCUUUCCUCCCUGCUGCUUGUGCACCUUUUUCUUCCACACUUUUCCCUUCCACAUAAUUCUCUAUUAAUGUGCUUUGAUACAGCACUUUGGGAACAUCCAACUUUCUUCGCAAUUACUUUUUGAGGCUUUCCCUCCUUAUGGAGGUUGUCAAUGAUGGGUUUUCUGCACAACUGUCAGGUCAGCAGUCUUCCCCAUGAUUGUGAUUCCUACUGAACAAGACUGAGACCAUUUAAAGGCUCAGAAACGCUUUGCAGGUGUUAUGGCUUACUUGGCUGAUUAGAGUGGGACACUGUGAGCCUAGAAUAUUGCACCUUUUCACAAUAUUCUAACUUACUGAGAUUGUGGAUUUGGGAUUUUCAUGAGCUGUAAAACAAUAAUCAUUGCACUUAUGACAAAUCACAGCUUGAACUAUCUUGCUUUGCAUGUAAUGCGUCUAUCUCAUAUAUUAGUUUCCCCUUUUGUUGCAUUACUGAAAUAAAUGAACUUUUUCACAAUAUUCAAAAUUUUCGAGUAUCACCUGUAUUAUCACUAAUGCAUGUUUGGGAUCUGCCCUUUACCCUUCUGAUAAUAUAUAGCCUGCAGGACUAGCUUCACACAUUACCUCUUCCAGGGGAAGCUCACAGGAAAAAAGCUCUUUCACCAAGUAAGCUUUUAGGUUAGAGAGCGCCUUCAAUCCCAGUGUAAAGCUAUCACUGUGUAAGCCUUCCAGCAGAGGGAAACAAUCCAGCGCUGCAUUUAUCCCAAGGGAUGUUCAAAAUACAUUCUAGAAAGGCACCCUUCAGCCGAAUAACUCAAUGUACCAAAGGAAUUCUAUCGCUCAGCUACAGACUGCAUUCAGGUAGUAAAGACUUGUUUUAGCCAUAGAUUUAUUUAUUUUAAGCUCUGAGCUGUAUCCGCAGGUUUGCCAUUCUUGGCGGUCAUCGGGCCCCCUCCGUGCAUCACAUCUUUUGCCGCAUGAUACCCACUGGUGAACCAGCCAAUCCUGCUUGUGUAUUCUAAAAUUCCCACUGCACCAAGUGUACAUGUUGUAAGAGGUUUAGGACUCCUGGCACCCUACUACAGAAAUGCAGGCAUCCUUCCAGUCUCUCGAAUUCUAAUAUCAAGCCAAUAUGAUCUGUAUCUAGAACAUGCCGCCAAUUGUAUAAGCUGUGUUUUGUAAAUAAACGUAUUCUCUUGGA